AUGACGCUUUAUUUAAGCCGUAGCCGUAGAAGGCGGAGGGCUGAUGGUAAUAAUGGAGCUGCUAAGUCUGCCAUUCGAGCUCGGCAGCUGAAGGCUACUAUUGGCGUGGACUACAGGUUUGCAGCACACAGGCAUUUUCACACCGAAAGACCUUUUUCGUCGAGACGAAAGCGUUUCAAUAUGCUGCAUGCUGAAGCUGAAGCGCGAUCAGUGGGAUAUCUCUCUAACAACGAGCCUCUUAAGCCAUUGCCGAAGCCAUCCGAACCGGGUGUAGCUAGUCAGUCUUCGUCUGAAGCCGGUCGGUCGUUAGAAGUCACGGUCGCAGAGCAUCGCUCUGCUCGUCGCCAUCCACCGAUACCGUACGACGUCGCAUCUGUCGCACAAGGUAACCCCGCCGGUCAAGAUGCCGCGGGGGGUCUUCGCGGAUCAGGCGUCGCGACAGCGCAGCAGUUCCCUUUCCCCCUUCCCAUUCCUCCUGCAGCGAACCGCCCUACCGGUCCCAUCGUUCCCGUUGACCCUCCUCCCAUCUUCAAUUUCCCACCCGUGGCGAACCGCCCUACCGGGCCUGUGUUUCCGUUUCCCCCGGCCCCGUCCCGACCGCCAAUCAAUAUACCUCCGAUCAACCCUCCCCCUACCACGUUCCCACCCCCUGUCGCUACCCCACCUCCGCCUGCGAAAAGCCCACCGCCACCGGCUACCCCUCCGCCUAAGCCGCCCGUUAACCCGCCUCCUAAGCCGCCUGUUAACCCGCCUCCUAAACCACCUGUUUUUCCGCCUCCUAAGCCUCCCACUAACCCGCCUCCUAAGCCACCUACUUUUCCGCCUCCUAGGCCUCCCCCCUCUCCUCGCCCACCUCCUCCCGCUCCUUCUCCUCCCCCGCCUCGCCCCCCCAAUCCCCCUCCUCGCCCGCCGUUGACCCCCCCGAAACCGCCUCCUCAACCCCCCAAGCCUCCGGCUAGGCCUCCCAACCCCCCGCCACGCCCCCCCAAGCCGCCAUUGACUCCCCCGAACCCGCCCCCACGUCCCCCCCACCCGCCGCCUGUCCCUCCGCCCGUGCCAUCUCCCAGUCCUGCCCCUCCCCCUCUGAUACCUCCACCUCCGCCUGAGACAACUCCUCCCCCAGUCCUUCCGCCCGCCCCAGCCCCGUUCCCCCCACCGGUCACUCCCUUCCCUCCCCCUUUGGUACCAUCUCUGUUUCCUCCGCCUUCCCCGCCGUUCGUCCUCCCGCCGCCUCCGCCCGAAUCGUCGGGGCUAUCGAUGGGGGCGAUUAUAGGCAUUGCUGUCGGCGGCGCCGUGGGACUGAUUUUCCUCGUCACGUGCGGACUCCUCGCCUUCUUCUUCCUCGUACCGAAGAAGAAGGAUGGCGAGCGAACCCGCUCCCGCGGCGGCGGCGGCGGCAGCGCGGCACCAGGAACCGUGGGCGGCGCAGAAAAGGCGCCGUUUUACGCGCAGCCGCAUCUGGUCCGCGGGGUGCGCGGACGUCAGGCGGCAGCUGCGGCUGCGGUAGCGGCCGGCGCGGCAGCAGGCGGAGCGGCAGCAGCGGUGGCUACAGGAGGCGGGCCUGGCGAGGACGAGGACAGCGAGGAGGGCAAUAACGCGUACGGCGACGGCGCGCCCGCUGCUGGCGAGGAAGAAGAGGAGUUUUACGAAGAUGCGGACGGAGCAGCGGGAGACGGGGAGGAAGCGGACGAGGAUCUGUACGGGGAAGGGGAGGGCGACGGGGAAGCGGAAGGGGAAGCGGAAGCGGAAGGGGAAGGGGAAGGGGAAGGGGAAGAGGACGAUGAAGACCUAUACGAAACCGGUGGCGACAGCGGCGGGCCUUAUCUGGGAGGCGACUCAGGAGGGGGCGCAGGCGGAGCGGGCGCAAUCGCGGGCGCGGGGGUCGUCGCCGGCGCAGCAGCGGUCGCGGGCGGCGCAGCAGCCGCCGUCGCGCUGGGAGACGGCGACAGGAUGAGCGAAGAAGCGGACGACGAGUGGUGGUUCCCUUACGAGGAACUCGAGGAGGCUACAGAUGGAUUUUCCGAUAGUAACAAGCUCGGGGAGGGCGGGUUUGGGCCUGUGUACCGCGGAGUGCUGGCGGACGGGAUGCCUGUGGCGGUGAAGGUGCUGAAGGUGGGGGGCCAUCAGGGGGAGCGCGAGUUCCGCGCGGAGGUGGAUAUUAUCAGUCGCGUGCAGCACAAGCACCUGGUCACGCACCUGGGGUACUGCAUCGCUAGCGCGCAGCGGCUGCUCGUGUACGAGCUGGUUCCCAAUGGGUCUCUGGAAGAUGCUCUGCAUGGCGAGGGCCGGCGCCUGCUGGCAUGGAAUUUUCGCAUGAAGAUCGCUCUGGGUGCGGCCAAGGGCCUCGCGUACCUGCAUGAGGAAUGCCACCCGCGCAUCAUCCACCGCGACAUCAAGUCGUCCAACAUUCUUCUCGAUAAGGACUAUGAGGCCAAGGUGGCGGAUUUUGGUGCUGCCAGGCUGGCAGCAGAGGACGCCAUGCCAAUCAUCACACGUGUAGUUGGCACUUUCGGGUACUUGGCGCCAGAGUAUGCAUUGACGGGCAAGCUGACGGAGAAGUCAGACGUGUUUUCGUUUGGAGUGGUGCUGCUGGAGCUUAUAACGGGGAAGAGGCCCGUGGAGCAGGAGAAGCCGCAGGGCAGCGACAGCCUCGUCGAAUGGGCGCGGCCUCUGUUGGCAGAACGGGCAAUGGAGGAGCUGGCAGACCCCGAGUUGGACGGGUGUUACGGACAGAGGGAGAUGGAACGACUGGUCACUGCCGCUGCUCUCUGUGUGCGCCAGUCCGCUGUGCUGCGCCCGCGCAUGAGCCAGGUGGUGGCUAUGAUAGAGGGGCGGAACGAUGUGGAGGUGGAGGCCACAGACAACGAGGGGGGAAGCGCGUUGCGGGAGAGUGCGGAGUUCUCAGGAGGAGAGCUGGGGAGUCGAGAGGACAUGUACCCUGAGGAGAUCGUGCAGCAGUAUCCGCACAGUGCUGACAGCAAAGGGAGUGCUGGGGCCAAGGGGCGGAAGGGUCGCAUGGCAGCGCUAGCAGCAGCUGCAGCAGAGCUGACACCAGGCCACACCUUUGCCUCUGCCACCUCUGCUACCAGCACAGACCCCCUCAUUGCCAACACCUCCCCCUCCUCCCAGGGCCAGAUGCAGCCUCCCCCAGAUUUACCUCCCCCACCGCAGCAGGCAGGGCCGUCUGGGGAAUGCCUCUGCCGCUGCCGCCCGGGCGCAAAGGGGGCGGUGGCAACGGUGGUGGUGGGUGGAGAGGAAAAGCAGAGUCCUUGCCGCCCAGACGCCUUCGGUGACGUCGCGUACGAUCCGACCCCGCGAAUCGAGGGCUUCUUUGGGUUCGGUGGGAAUUGCAAUGCCGGCAGCACCGCCAAAAUCGCAGUCGCCGCCGAUGAUUCGACGACGGGCUCUGCGACACCAGGCCGUGCGACAGCGUCGCCGACACAGGGCGACGGACUCGUCGGCGACGAGGACUCUGCGAAUGGCGGAGAAAUUCUCAACGUUGACGUUGCGGUGGGCGUGACGGCCACAGCACCCGCGAACAGUUCAGAUCCGAAGUCGCUUGAAAUCUCCCCCGCAAUGUCCGGACUCUCGGCGCAAGCGGAGGAAGCGGGGGAGCCGCCGCUUGUGGAGGCGGCAGUUGCGGUGCGGUUGCGCGGACAGAAGCAGUCGGACCUGACAGUUCCUGGAUUUUCCGUUGCGGGGGAGGCUAGUUCCGCCGAAACGAGCCCCGGCGUUGCUCCUGUGAAUGCGCGUGGUCCUGAGGCGGUAACGGCGCAGGCUGCGCCAGACAGGGCAGUCCGGGGAGAGGCGCUAACUGCAUCCGCAGCGGGAGUGGCGGGAGUUGCGGAUGCUCUGGAGAGGCAGCAAGGUAGGGGUGUUGGACCAAGGGAUGUGAAUGAGGUGACGGGAUAG